UGUUAGAUUGACAGCUCGCGCCUCUCUAGCUCGCGGCUGCUCCCCGUUUGUGAGAAUCACUGACGUCGACAUCCAGCUUCAGUUUCUUCCACUUUUUUAAAGAAGUUUGAGGCGAAAGUGACUCGCUGUGGAUUUAGUUGUUUUUUCCACGGGCCCCGCGGGGUAUGAGAGCGGGGCAAACUAAGUAGCAGAGGAGGCAGACCCGUCCGUUUGAUGGCUGCCGGGGAUGGAGCCCAGCUGCCGGCCACAGUAGCGGCCAGCCGGAGCGUGGAGAAGGCUCUGGAGGAGGCUGCAGCCAGCGGGGCUCUCAACCUUUCCAACCGAAAGCUCAAGGAGUUUCCCCGCAGCGCCAGGAACUACGACCUGUCCGACAUUACGCACGCAGAUCUGUCUAAGAACCGGCUGUGCGAGCUUCCUGACGAGCUCUGUCAGUUCAUCUCUCUGGAGACGCUGAGCCUCUACCACAAUGGCAUGCGAUUAUUGUCCCCCAGCCUGGCCAACCUCCAGGCCCUCACCUACCUCAACCUCAGUCGGAACCUCCUGUCCAGUUUGCCUCCUUCCAUGUUCCAGCUUCCCCUCCUGCGAGUUCUUAUCGUCAGCAACAACAAGCUGUCCUCUCUGCCCUCGUCCAUCUACUCGCUCACGCACCUCCGACAGCUGGACGUCAGCUGCAACGAGCUGCAGAGUUUACCACCAGAAAUGGGUCAGCUGGAGAGUCUGAGGGACUUAAACCUGAGGAGGAACCAGCUCACCACUCUGCCUGAAGAAAUAUCCGAGCUUCCUCUCGUUCGGCUCGACGUGUCCUGCAAUAAAAUCUCCCACGUGCCUCUGUGUUACCGCCACCUGCGGCAUCUGCAGACCAUCUCCCUGGACAGCAACCCUUUGCAAAUGCCACCCGCACAAAUCUGCUCCAAGGGCAAAUACCACAUCUUCAAGUACCUGAACAUGGAGGCCUGUAAGAACCACGAGGAGCUGGAGAAGCACCUGAACCUGAGGCCCACUGGAUUCAAAAGCUGCCUGUCGGACCAGGAGCUGUUCUCAGCUCAGUUUGGUGGCCUGGACUCUGGAUUUAACAGCGUGGACAGCGGCAGCAAGCGCUGGUCUGGGAACGAGUCAGCAGAUGACUUCUCGGAGCGCUCCAUUCAGAUGGCCGAGGCCCACAGGGAGCGGAGCAACCUGGAGGAGGAGGAUGAGGAAGAGGAGCGCCCCCUGGAGGCCAACAAUGUGAACGGAGCAGCUGAGGAGGUCGGCUUCAUUCACAGCAGAGUGAUGGAGGAGGUGGAGGAGAUCAGGAUAGAUCCGCCCACUCCUCCUUUCAGCAUGCCUCCUUCGGAGCAGGAGAAAUAUUCAUCGUCCCAAAGCCAAGACGCAGCAACCUGCAGAUCCAGUCCCCAAGUUGACGGGAACUCCUUUCCCACUGCAUCCUCGUCCCCCGUGUCUCCUUCCAGCCCCAACCUGGAGGAGCGGCGGCGGCCCGGCACCCUGUUCAUCUGGCAGGAGAGGGAGCGACUCCAGCAGCAGAGGGAGAAAGCCAGUUUGCUGAAGUCGAGCUCUAAAUCUGGAAGUAAUGCAGCCUCUGCGCCGCAGACAGGAAGCAGCUCAUGUGGUGGCUCUCCAGAGAACGGCAGCGCUCCUUCAGGCCUGCGUCAGAGAUGUGCGAGCGCCGACCAGAUGAGCACAGGAUCCCCGUCUGCGGCUCUGCAUCGCUCCAGCAGCAGAACAGACGUGCCGUCCUCUCCGAAGGCGUCCUCUCCUCCUGGUCACGCUCAGAGGCCCAACAGUUUCCUGUUCCGUACCUCCUCCAGGAGCAACGUCAAACCCACAGGGACCACCUUCACUCUGGGCGAGUCCGGCAGGAGUGAAUCUCGCACCACGCUGCGUUCGCCGAAAGAGGAGAGACGAGACCUGACGCAAUUACGCAAGACUCUGGAAUCUCGGCUGAAGAUCUCUCUGCCAGAGGACCUGGGCGAGGCUCUGUCCAACGGAACCGUCCUCUGCCAGCUGGUGAACCAGAUCCGGCCGCGCUCCGUCUCCAUCAUCCACAUCCCCUCCCCCGCAGUGCCAAAGCUGAGUUCGGCGAAGUCCAGACUGAACGUGGAAAACUUCCUCAGCGCGUGUCGGAAGCUGGGCGUCCCUGAGCCUGAAAUGUGUGUCUGCUCCGAUGUGCUUCUGUGUAAGCUGCCCGCUGUGCUGCGCUGCGUGGCGGCCUUGCUGGCCGUGGAGCCCGAGGAGGACCGCGCCUCGCCUGCGUCUUCCUCCUCGCUGCUGUCGGCAGACUUCCUGUUGUUUUACUGCUCCGUCAUGGCGCUUCUCUACGCCAUCUACUGCUACCUGCUGACCUAAAGACUGAAGCGAUGGAACCGUGUGCGUUUAGGAGACACAAAGAAACCCCCCCCCACCCCGUGGUUAAAGAGGGGAACGACGCCUUAACCUGAUGAGGCGUUUUUUUGGAAGCCUGACAUGUUUGGGGUAUUUCCAGUCGAUCAAUCCGUAUUUUUCCACGUUUUUCU